CAGGCAGGCCGUCGUCACACCCACACACAGUCGCAGCGAACAGCGGCUCCCGAAAUUCCCGGGUCAGAAGGGCAGGGCGAUCGGGCCAUCGCUCCGUCGGCAAGCAGAUGGGGAGGCAGCCGUGCUGCGACAAGGUGGGGCUGAAGAAGGGGCCGUGGACGGCGGAGGAGGACCAGAAGCUCGUCGGCUUCCUCCUCACCCACGGCCACUACUGCUGGCGCGUCGUCCCCAAGCUCGCAGGGCUGCUGAGGUGCGGGAAGAGCUGCAGGCUGAGGUGGACCAACUACCUGAGGCCCGACCUCAAGCGGGGGCUCCUCUCCGACGAGGAGCAGCAGCUUGUCAUCGACCUGCACGCGCAGCUCGGCAACAGGUGGUCCAAGAUCGCGGCGCAGCUGCCCGGGAGGACGGACAACGAGAUCAAGAACCACUGGAACACCCACAUCAAGAAGAAGCUCCGCAAGAUGGGCAUCGACCCCGUCACCCACCGCCCGCUGGACCAAGAGGCCCCUCCUCCGGCGCAACAGCCGACGCCGCCGCCGCCGACCACCACCGCGUGGCAGCAGCUGGACGGCGCCGAGCGCUCCCAGCAAGCGGAGGACGAGGACGUGAAGGCGGUCCCGCUGAUCCAGCCGCAGGAGAUCAGGGCGCCGCCGCCCACCGCAAGCAGCAACUGCUCUGUUUCCCCUGCCUCGGUCAUCUCGCCGGCCUGCUCCUCCUCGUCCGCGGCGUCCGGUCUGGAGGCGGCGGAGUGGCCGGAGCCCAUGUACCUCCUCGGCAUGGACGGCAUCAUGGACGUCGGCUCCGGCUGGGACGCCGGCUUCGUCGUCCCCUGCGGCCUCGGCGUCGACCCGUUCGACCACUACUACCCGGACCCCGCCGGCUUCGACCAAGAAGCAUGGCCGUGACGCCAUCGAUCCUACCAGCAAUGCACAUAGACCGAUCAUAGAUCCGCUCCUUUCGCCAGUCCGAUCUCCCCUCCCCUCCCCUCCCCUCCCCUAGCUAGCAGCUUAGCUUCCAUGUCGAAAUGUUACCACCAUACCCACCUGAACUUUUCUUGGAACUCGGAAGAAAUGCAUGCAUCGCCCUUUGAUCAGGCCAUGCCGAUCCAUGCUCGGGUGUUUGCUGAAUGAAUCUCGAUAAAGAAAGUGGAAAUGGAAA